AUCGACUUUUACGUAACAUAAUUUUCGUCAACAAAGAUUUUUAAUCGGAAUCUCGUGAUAAUUUAAUUAAUAGGGAUUAAUAAAUCAUAACGAUGUCAAAACCAAAUAUUUUAGUUACUGGAACCCCAGGUGCAGGCAAGACACAUUUAGCCAAACAGAUAUCCGAGUAUUAUGGAAUGAAAUUCUUAGAAAUUAGCAAAAUUGUUCAGGAUAAUAACUUCUUUGACGGCUACGACGAAGAUUUACACUGCCCCAUAUUGGAUGAAGAUAAACUCCUCGAUUACUUAGAGCCAUUAAUGAACGAGGGAAAUAAUGUUGCUGAAUAUCACUCAUCAGAAUUCUUCCCAGAACGUUGGUUCCAUCAAGUUUACGUCGUACGAUGCAAUACAGACAAGCUGUUUAAACGUCUUGAAGAGCGCGGAUAUAAUGGAAAGAAAAUCCAAAAUAAUGUCGAGUAUGAGAUAUUUCAAAUGGCACUUGACGAAGCCAAAAGCUCAUAUAAGAAAGAAAUUGUAAAUGAAGUCCGUGGGGAGACAGAAGAGCAGCUAGAAGAGAAUUUGAAGCAUGUUGGUGAGUUUCUUAAUAAUUAUGAAGAAUGACAGACGGAGAGGCGAGGAAGGAAGAGGAAAGCUGAGUAGCUAGAAGCACAAUACCAUGAUAUAAAUUCACGUACCUCCUAUAUUACCCAACCUAAGCAUUUAAUUUAAUGUCAGUUUAAAGUUUCCAUGUAUUUUUAUGAAGCCUUACAUCAUUUUUUAAAGCUAAUGUAUAAUCUUGUAGGAUUAAUUCGAAUGGAAUCGAAAUAAAGUUGCCCUCAGAUUUAUUAAAAC